AUGAGGACGUCCACCGUGAACUCAAAGCGAGUACUCUUGGAGAAGACCGAACUCCAUCGCCUGGAGAACAUCUUGACACUCGAUGUAGGUCUCCAUAAAGUCUUCGAUGACAUGGAGCUUUGGCUUGAAGCAGUCGCGGACGAGGUGAGUUGUCGGACUCGACGUGCAAGACAGACACGCGCCUACCCGAAUCCAUGCUGCUCGCUCUCCACGAGUCCAUUCACCGCUCAUGGGAACAAUAACCUGCCCCUGCCGAGUCUACGUAUACGGUAUCUGAGCAUCCAUGUCGCAUGCUGUCGCAUCGCGCAUCUGUCUGGCGCAGCAGCGGAGUACCUGGACAAAGUGUUACGCGAGAUGGAGGAGUGUACGUCGAUCUUGGCUGAAGAUGUAUCCUCCACCGAAGUCCUAACAUACUAUACUCUUCACUGUCUUGUACCUCCCGUUUGGAAUCCGCCGAUUCACGCCACUUGA